AUGGGUCCAUUCAUUGUACUGAUGUUUCUGACCACUGUGAUCUGUCAAUCCAUAGGACUGAAUUUCACACUUUAUAGCAAUUUGUCCACCAUGAAAGGAGAGGUGCAAAAGAAGAUCCUUGAAUGCCACAAUAAUAUAAGAAGAUCAGUGAUCCCAAUGGCUAGCAAUAUGCUGAAAAUGUACAAUGGUACAGUAUGUGGUGAAAACUUAUUUAGAUCAAGUUUUCCUGCCUCCUGGGAUGAUGUCAUCCUUGUUUGGGAACUAGAGAAAAAGAAUUUUAUUUACGAAAUAGGGGCCAUCAACAAACAUGGCGGUUAUCUUGCUUACACUCAGAUGAUCUGGUAUAGAACUCAUAAAAUUGGAUGUGGUGUUUCCCUGUGCCCAAAUGGUACAUAUAAGUACUUUUAAGUAUGCCAAUACUGUCCAGUAGGGAAUAAAGUCUCUUCAUUAUUAACCCCCUACAAGAAAGGUGACAGAUGUGCUGAUUGCCCUCAUUCUUGCCAAAAUGGACUCUGUACCAAUCCUUGUCAGUAUGAAGAUAAAUAUUCAAAUUGCCAAGAGUUGAAAGAUCAGCUUACAUGUAACUUCAGUCAAGUCAGGCUUCAUUGUAAAGCUACAUGCAAGUGUACCAGUGAAAUAAAAUUGAGUUGA